AUGUCUCUUGUAGGUUCCCAGGAAGGGUUGACCGACCUGAUUCCGUGCAACGAGCAAUGCGGCGGCGACUACACGCUGUACACCUUUGGACAAAGCGAAAAGGAGGUGACAAUCACUGUUCCUCUAGCACCAGGCACUAGAGGGAAGAGUCUCUGUGUCGAUCUUAAGCCGAAGUACCUGCAGAUCGAGGUUCCCAGCAAAGGUACCAUAUUGGCAGGUGAGUUGUACAAGCCGAUUAGCGUCCAUGACAGCACAUGGUGUAUUCAAGACGGGAGGGAGCUGGUCGUAGUUCUCGCGAAAACCAACAUACAAUACGAGGAGUGGUGGCCGCACGUCGUGACCGGUGAGCGUCAGAUCGAUUUCAAGACGUUGAAACCACCAUCGAUUCGGUUUUCAGACCUUGACAGCGGUGCUCAGGCAACAGUAGCCAAAAUGAUGCACGAGCAGCACCAAAAACGAGAGGAUCACAGGCUUGCGAAUGCCUGA